AUGCCACUCAAUCAUCUCUGUGAUUUUAGAGCGAUUAAUGUCAACCUCAAAACCACCAAAUUUCAAAAUACAAUCUCGCAUUUCAUCGGUCGAUUAAUCUGUAUAUUGGAGAGAAGACUCUUCCCUGUUUUCUCUCCCUCCACCAUUAGAAUAAAGGAAAAUAAAUUUGGUCGGCCGGAGGGUAAUUGUUCCUCGUUUAUGUACAUUGGUCAGGUAUUAUUGCUGAACAAUCUAGGUUUAGUAUAG